AUGGCGGCUUCACGUGCAAGAAGGGAGCCACCACGACGUGAGGUACGUGAGGUUGUUGAGGAACGACCGCCUCCGGUUCCGGUGGUUGAUCAUGACAACACAUUGUCACGCGAAGCAUUGGAACGACAUGCCCUAGAUGACACCAUGGCUAGAGAGUUUGUUCGUCGUGAAUCACUUAUGGAGCGCUUGUUAGGGCAUAAAAUGCUUUAUGGUCGGCUAGAAUCGUAUACCUCAAUGGGUUAUGUAAGGGUAGAACCACCACCUGAGAGCGCUAAGACUGAGACCGAAUUGGAUUUGGGAGCCGUCGUUCCACGACGAGGACCUCGAACGCCACCACUCCCUGAUGCUCCCCCUAUUACUCCUGUUGAAACCCCACAACGGCCAAAGCCGCAACGUGGACCGAAAACUCCUCCAGGCUCACCAGGGCCUCGAACUCCGCCACCAGUUCAACCCCCGCCACCUCUCCAACCUCCACCACCUGCAGCGGCAGCUCCCACUAUGCAGUCUUUACUAGCAAACAUAGCCGCGAUGGCAGGUACCUCAACUAGUCAGCUUUCAUCAACAUUAGGAGAGGAUUUGAACCGAAUGGUUGGCACUGUCAAUACGGGAGUACUGUUAGAAUCGUUCGUGUCAGCAUUGCGUACUGCAACGUCACAGCAACCUUCUGCUACUACUGACCAGGAAAAGGUCCCCCAGUUGGUUACACCCAAGCGGGAAGCUUCCUCAAAAUCGCUGUCUCGUCGUGAAAUCGACACAGAUUCGGUGAAGAUGGAACUUGUAUCGGACUGUUCAUUGUCGCCACAUUCGCCAUCUCGUGUCAAUUCACCACUUCAAGCCCCUCCUCCUCCACCAAUUAUAGCUCCUCCGCCACCUCCUCCAAU